AUGGCGGAUGAGAAUGACACUCCUACCCAGAACCUGGGAAGACCAACCCUCCCCUUCUACACCGGCUGGCGCAACUACUACCAAGCCUUCGACCCCGUCAGCAUCUUCAACCCGCUGAACCUGUGCUACCGCAAUGUGAUCCUCCAGCUACUCCUGCACACCCCCCUUCUGCUGAACUUUGUCGAGCUGAACUGCGUGCCAGGCCAUACGUGCGUCGAGCCGGCCACGUUCUGCACCUUCUGCGUGCUCAAGGCCUUUAUCGACGCCUACUGGACCAGAUCCCGCAAUGACGAGGCCUUCACCCGCGCCCUAGACACCCUCUGGGAGAAGCUGCUGGUCAGCUUCUGGGUGAGUGCGGUCGAGGACCUCAACGAGCAGCAGGACGCGCGUGAGUUUCUAGAGCGUACCCUCGCGCAGUUUCACUUUGAGUCUAUGUACGUCGACGUCAGCGCCUCGUUCCAGAUCGUCACCAACAAACACUUCCAGUGCCGCACCUGCAACGCCACCCGCAGAGCCGACAGCCUGGACCAGCAGUACUUCCUCAUCGCCGACUUCCCCACCGACGGCCGCCGCUGCACCAUCGACGACGCCAUCCUCCCCGGCAUGCACAACGCGCUCGUGCACCGCUGCCCCCGCUGCAACGCCGACACCGAGCACACCAUGGUGGACAAGAUCGUGCAGCUGCCCGAGGUGCUGCUGGUGCAGGUGAACCGGUUCACCAUGCAGCAAGAUGACCAGACCAAGGUGCAGAAGAGCUUGCAGAUCGACGAGCACCUCGCCGUGUCCGACGCCAUCCGCGACGCCGACGCGCCGGACCACGACCCCACCGCCUACGAGCUGUACGCCGUCGUCUUCCACCGCGGCGUCAGCAUCUACAAGGGCCACUACACGGCCGCCGUCAAGAACCCAGACGGCCGCUGGGCGCUGCUCGACGACGACAGCGACGUCGUCUACCGCGACUCCCUCGACGACCUCAAGGCCUACAAGCGCACCUUCGAGCGCCAGGCCUACAUCCUCGCCUACCGCCGCCUGCCGCUGUCCGCCGAGCCCGCACCGUCCCACCGCCCCUACGCGACCAAGUCUAUCGCUAACCUGCCGGCCCCAACAGACUCCGACGGCGACACCACCCUCAUCGACGAGCCGUCCGACGACUCGCGCUCCUCCACGAGCAUCGACCGCGACGCCCUCCCCGUCGCCGGCGGCGUGCACCUGCUCGAGACCAUCGCCUUCGACGGCCGCGACGUCGAUUGGAUCGUCUCCCAGCAGUUGCUGCUCCCCCCGGAAGCCGGCCCGCUCAUCAACCUGCCGCCGCGGGCGAAAGUCCAGCGCGCAAAGGUGAGGUUUGUAAUGACCUCGAGGGAGAACGGCGACAUCCUCGAGGGCGAGGCCACCAUCUCGCUCCGUCCGCAGCGCCAGGAUGUGCCGGACGCAUCUGUUGUGGUUACCACCGAACGCACGCCGCUGAUCAAGCGGCUGCGGCCGCGCGGUAAGCCCCAGGCAAAGCCGGCGAAGACUAUGAAUACCAAGGGUAAGUCUAAGAAGACCAAGGCUGAGUCGCCUGGCGCGCAGGCGCCGGCUAAGCCGCGGGGCGUUGCAAAAAGCAAGGCUGGUGCUAAGGCUGGCGCUAAGGCCAGUGCUAAAGCGAAGGGACGUAAGGAGCCCACGCCGACCAGCUCGACGCCGUGUCAAUGCUCAGAUCCGGAUGGUUGGGUGCGGCGGUCGAAGCGGUGGCAUAAGAAUCAUCCGACUUAUGCGGAGAGCACGAGUAGCUGA